AGCACCGAUAUGGACUGUAGGGGAUUCUUCAAGAGUCGCCCAAUGCCGUGAAAAUGCUCGAAAUCAUCGGGUAGAUAAUCCAACUUCGAAUAGCUUACGUCAAAACAACGUGGUUUUAUAGGAGAUAUUGGCGCUCUAAGCGGAUAAAUUAAAUCCGGAACACUCAAACGUAUUAAUACUUAACUGGCAAUACUGAAACAUCAUGAGCCGUCUCGGGACACAGAAAAGCGGUGCGCGAUUAGUGAAAGGAUGUUCACGGAGCGUGUCCUUAAUUUUGGAGCAGCGUACGGACACUUGGUGUUUUUGGUUUGAAGGUGUUGUUUUUUUCAGUGCUAAAUGCGCGGAAGAGGGUGAGAGCUUCCCGAAAGCCGUGAGACAUGAAAGUAAAGCGACCGGGAAAGUCGCGGACUCGGAGCUGAACUCUCACGCGUGUGGGGUGAAUGAGAAUCGCCUUGUAAAUGCGGUGAAGCGGAGCGCACACUUUCGGCUUUUCUCACAAACCUCCACAUCUGCCGAGGUUAUAGAUUCUUGCUUUAGUAAGGGCAAAGUUAAAGGGAUUAUUCAUCGCCAAGGAAAUACAAGGAAGGUGAUGACGAGGAAAGCGAAGUGCGGGAUGUGGGGUUGGAUUUUUGCCCUUGUGUUCUUCUGGAAUACCCACAUGUUGCGCGCUCAAGACAUCGCUCCGUACUUUAAAACGGAGGCAGGGGGUGCACAGACACACCUGGAGGGGAACAGACUCGUGCUCACCUGCCUGGCUGAGGGCAGCUGGCCGCUGGAGUUCAAAUGGAUGAGAAACAGCACAGACAUCACUAAAUACACACCGGAGUACAGGUACACGAUUACAUCGUUAAAGCGUGAGGAUGCAGGUGUAUAUCAAUGUGCGGUGAGGAACAGGAUGGGAGCGCUGAUCCAGACAAGAGCUGAUGUUCGCGUGGCUUACAUGGAUUACUUUCCUGAACUGGAACAGAGAAAAACAGUCUCUCAGGGAAGGGCCGCUGUCUUGAAUCCUCCCACUGUGACCAGUUACCCUCGCCCUCAGGUCACAUGGUUCAGAGACCGCAUCAAGAUCAUUCCUAACCAUCGACUAGCAAUAACAUUGGACAAUCAGCUUGUAGUUUUGGGGACGUCAGCAGCAGAUGCGGGCCGGUAUUAUGUAGAGGCCGUUAAUGAACGUAACGGAGAAAACAAAACCAGCCCUUCCAUUUACCUGAGUGUAGCAAGAGAUCUACUUAAGAACAUCAACACAACUGCUGUGUAUUCAUGGUCAAUUGACCUUCUGAGUGCACCUUUAACAUUGUGUUUGUGUGCUGUAGAACCUGGCCCGGUAACUCAACUGAGUUUCACUGAGAUCUUGGACACAUCUCUGAGGAUCAGCUGGCAGGAACCGGAAGACAAGAACGGCAUCAUCACAGGUUAUGUGUUGUGUUGGGAGGAGGCCGGUCAGAACGAAACUCGUGUAUCUCAGAAUCUGUCCAAUUCUACGCUGGUGUACGAAGUGACCGGGCUUACUUCACUCACCACGUACACUCUGCAGGUGGCUGCGGUUACACAGGCCGGCACCGGUACUGCCACCUCGUCAACCAUCUCAACAGGACUGCCACCAGAGCUUCCUGGUGCACCCUCCAAUCUGGUCAUCUCCAACAUCAGUCCUCGCUCCACCACCAUAAAGUUCCACCCCGGCAGUGACGGCAAAACUGCCAUCUCCAAAUGGAUCGUAGAAGGACAGGUGGGGACUGUGGGUGAGGACGAGGAAUGGAAGCUUCUGUAUGAGAUAAACAGUCCACCAGCCUCAGACACUCUGGAGAUUCCUCAUCUCAUUCCCUUCACUCAGUACAGGUUCAGGAUGAAGCAGGUGAACAUUGUGGGUUCGAGUCCCUUCAGUCAGCCCUCUCGUGUGAUGCAGACCCUGCAGUCUAGUCCAGAUGUUUCCCCGACAAAUCUCAUAGUAAUUUCUGCAAGUGAAACAAGUUUAAGGAUUCGCUGGGAGCCGCUUCCAGAGGCAGCUUAUAACGGAAAUCCUGAAAGCGUGGGUUACCGUGUACGUGCACAGAGAGCAGACAGGCUUGGCCUGCCCCGGAUGGAGACCAUUUCUGAAUGCCUCUCUCGUGAGGUGACGGUGGAGGGUCUUGAGGAAUGGACGGAGUACGAGCUGAGUAUUCAGGCUUUCAACGGCAUCGGGCCUGGACCCUGGAGCAGUCCUGUGCUGGGCAAAACUAAAGAGUCAGUUCCCUCUGGUGCCCCAGAAAAUGUGAGCGCAGAAGCGAUGAGCUCCACAAGUAUAUUGGUCACCUGGGGUUCGGUCCCUGAACACCAGAAGAAUGGACACAUCCUUGGUUACAAGGUAUUAUACAGAGAAAAAGAUUUAGAGCGGGCUCCCCAGGUCCAGCUGGUGAACGGGAACCAAACUCACUUGCUUCUUUUAAAAAACCUCAGGAAAUUCAUCCUGUAUGAGGUUCAGGUGCUCGCAUUUACACGUGUCGGAGAUGGACCACCCAGCCUCCCCCCCACAGUUGAGAGAACCAAGGAUGAUGUUCCCGGUCCACCUGUCAGGUUGGUGUUUCCAGAAGUGCGUCUCACGUCUGUCAGAGUCGUCUGGCAACCUCCCCCCGAGCCAAACGGCAUCAUUAUGGGUUAUCAGAUUUCUUACCGUUUGGAUAUCAACGACCCCAACAAGUUCACCACGGUUGAAGUGGGAUCCAACGCACGUCAGUUCACAGUAACAGGACUGAUUCCAGAAUCAGUGUAUGUGUUCCAAAUCACAGCGCGCACUCAACAGGGAUGGGGACCCUCGGAGGAGGCCAUCGUCAUAACGACAGAAAAAAGAGAGCGGCCACAGCCCCCUCGACGACUCACCGUGCCUCAGAAAGGGGUUGAAUCUAAUAAGCUUCGACUUCAUUGGACGGCGGGGGGAGACGGCUCUUCCCCAGUGCGCUACUUUACCCUGCAGACAUUAGAGCGCCCGGACGGCGAGUGGAAGACCCACACAUCCUCCAUCAGUCAUAAUAAUACCUCCUGGGAGGUGGAUAGAUUAAAGCCGUACACCUCUUACAAAUUUAGAAUGAUGGCCACAAAUGAUGUGGGAGACAGCGCUUUCAGCAAAGAAACUGAGCCAGUUACCACUCUGCAGGACGUGCCAGAUGAAGCGCCUGUCAUUUUGAACGUCAAACCUUCAACCACAACAUCUGUGAUUGUCCAGUGGCAGCCGCCUGCUGAGGGAACUGUCAAUGGAAUUCUUGUGGGAUAUCGCGUGUAUUACCGUGAACUUCCACGUGAGAACAAUCCAGAAGAGCCAAAGACAGCAACCAACCAAUCAACAAUCAGUCCUGAGCUCAGAGCUAAGAGCACUUUUAAGACAGUCAGCAGCCCUUCAUUAACUGAAUUUGAAUUAACGGAGCUCAGCAAGUACAGACGAUACACGAUUGUCAUGACAGCAUUUAAUGUUGUUGGAGAGAGCCCUUCAAGUGCACCUGCUGAGGUGUUUGUGGGAGAAGCAGCUCCUUCAGUGGCUCCUCAGAACAUACAGGUGAAAUCUGUGUCCUCCAGUCAGCUGGAUAUAGAGUGGCAGCCUCCACCCUUCGAGACACAAAAUGGAAAUAUUCAAGGAUACAAGAUUCAUUACUGGGAAAAGAAAAGACAGAACGAGACGGAGAAGGAGCUGGUUUUGUUUGUUCCGGAUACAUCUGUGCACCUGAAGAACCUGACAUCCUACACUACCUACCUUGUGCAAUUGUCUGCAUUUAACACAGCAGGGGACGGGCCGCUCAGUGCAGCCCGUGAAGGACGCACCCUGCAGGCUGCUCCUGGAGCACCCAGUCAUUUGGUGUUUUCAGAGGUGACAGGAAGCUCACUGAAUGUGUCAUGGGGAGCUCCUCUGCAGCCCAAUGGAGUGGUGGAAGGCUACAGAGUGCUUUAUGAGCCCACUUCACCAGUUCAUGGUGUCAGUAAGACAGUUACAGUGGAGAUCAAGGGGAACUGGCAGCGCUGGCUGAAGGUCCGUGACCUGAUGAGGGGUGUGAUCUAUCGCUUCAAGGUUCAGGCCAGAACAAUUAGUUAUGGACCCGAACUGGAAGCCAAUAUCACUGCAGGACCAGUGGAAGGCUCCCCCGGUUCGCCCUUGCAAACAUCAGUCACAAAGUCGGCAUCAGCUUUGAUGCUUCAUUGGUCACCGGGUGCAGAAGGGGCGGGACCUGUCACAGGAUAUGUCAUUGAGGCUCGUCCAUCAGAUGAAGGAUUGUGGGAUACGUUUGUCAAGCAUCUCCCACCUGGCAGCUUCUCGUACACCAUCAGUCUGGACCGCCUACGCUCAGGUGUGGCCUAUGAAUUCCGUGUCAUCGCAGUCAAUCGUUUUGGUUUCGGUGAUCCCAGUCCGCCUUCCACUGCAAUGUCUGCUCUGUCUGAAACGCCUUUCUAUGAAGAGUGGUGGUUCCUGAUCGUCAUGGCGUUGAUCAGUCUCAUUUUCAUUUUGAUGGUUGCGUUUGGUUUGCUCAUGCUCGGACAGAACAAGAAGUACAGGAGCUGUGGAACAGGAAAGCACAUAACGACAGUAGAAGAGUCUGUAACUCUUGACAAUGGCGGCUUCACGGCUCUAGAGCUGAACAGCAGACAUCUGAACGUGAAGAGCACUUUCUUAAAGAAGAAUGGAACAAGAUCUCCUCCACGGCCCAGUCCAGGUGGGCUGCACUACUCUGAUGAAGACAUCUGCAACAACUACAACGGGGCUGUUUUAACAGAGAGCACCACCCUAACAGAGAAACCCACUGAGCUGUCAGAGUCAGAGGUCAGCGACAGCGACGACGAAGACGAGCAGCCCAAGCACUCGUUCGUAAAUCACUACAUGAGCGACCCCACCUAUUACAACUCAUGGAAGCGGAAGCCCAAAGGCGUGAAGACUGGAGGAGGGUUCGAGGAAUGUGCCAUGACGGAUGCAGAGGGAGGGUAUUAUCAGACUGUGGUGACCCAGCACAGUGUAGGAGGCGUCUACACCCCCACGGGACAGCCCGCACCCGGAACACGCACUCCAGUUACCGGCUUUUCCUCGUUUGUCUAAUGAAUCCAUGACUUGAGACUAAAGAGGAAGUCACUAACGACUGGAAGUAGAGGCCUAAUCCUGGACAAAUCAAACUGUUGUGCUGGUUAUUUCAGAGUAACAGCAAAGAAUGUGUUUUCCCGGAAAUGAACAAGUUUCUCAUGUGUAUUUUUGGCCUCAUCUCUUCAAGGAAGGGAGGAGGGUAUUGAAGUAUCUUAUUGUUAACAUGUUAAUGAUUUUUGGGUGGAUUUUCGCAGAUUAACCACGACCCAGAAGAAGCGGAGACUUUGCACUGUGAGACUCUUUAGUAAGAGGAGGUAUUCAUUUUAAAGACUCAAAAACCUUCAAAGACGGAUGAAGCAAAUUCCUUUAUGAAUUCCCGUUCUAUAGCAACCUUCCGGGAUAAGUCGUAAUGUGUGGGCAAGACUUGCUGGAGUGAUUCAUUGAAUCUCACUCUGAUCUCCAAAACUCUAAUUGAAGUUGAAUCAUCAGCGGAAACUUGUACAGUGUGUUAUAGACUGGAACAAUAAUGUGUUUUGUGUGUGGUUUAUUUUCAUGUUGGGGACAGGCGGUUUCAUUCUGGACAAAAAGCAGCGUUGAAAAUACUGCCUUUGCACAUGUAUUGCUCUCUUAAACCAAAAGAGUGAUGCUUUCAGCGAGAAAAGAAAGAAAAUGUGUGCUCGCAACAGACCGUUUUCUUAGGUUAGCAUUACUGUAUGUAAAAUAUUCUGUAUGUGUGUAUAUUUUUAGGAUCAAUUUUGUACAAAAACAAAACAUUUUUUUACUGUAGAGUAGAUUUGUGCCAAGUCAGUGUAGUUCUUUAGUGAUGCCCACAGCGGAUCAUUUCUGCAAGUCACAAUCCACAGUGUUUGUUUGACUGGUUUGCAGUCUAUGUACAAUCCAGACACCCAGAGGGGUGAUAAGAAAUGUGCAACACCGUCCCUCUAAUCCAAAUAUACACCGAUUUCUCAUGUCCUUCAAUGCUGAACAAAUAUUUAUUUCAGUAUGAAAGAACAUCAGUGCUAAAUUGAAUACAGUACAUGAGUUGGUGUGUACAGGUUUUGUUGGUUGGCGUACCCAGAUGGUUUUAGAUCUGGGCUGGUAACCAAAAGGUUAUAACGAUAUAAUUUUGCGUUUACUGAGAAUGUACAUAUGAGUUUGGAAAUUAUUAUUAUAUUAGGAUGAGCGUUUAAGUCAAUUUUGGACCAAAUAAAAUGGUCUUAACUAAAUUACAGUGAGAACUUAUAAUUGAAUACAAUACGAAAAGGACAACAUUAUAGUUGACAUGCUCCCAACUUGGUAAACUAUGGAAGCCCAUUUCUACCACAUAAAUAAAAUAAUAAAAACAUUUUUGCUUUGGUUAAUCAUAAUUGUCAAUCUAACAAAGUCAAAAGUAAAAAAUUAUGAUAUAGUUAUAAUUAUGAUAUAAAAACUUGAAAUUACAAGACACCAAGUCAAAAUUAUGGGACACUAAGUAAUAAUUAUGAGUCAAAAUAAUGAGAUAAAGUCCUAAUUGACAAAAUUAGGAGAUAAAAAGAUAUCAAUUAUGAUUUAGAAUUUGGACUUUUUAUCUCAUAAUUCUGACAUUUUAUUUUUAAUAAAUGUUUUGCUUAUGUUGCAGAAACGUUCUUCUGUAACUAUUGGCCUUUUAUAGCCAGACCUGAAUAAAAACAUUUUGGGUUAAUGGCAAAAACAUUUAAGGGAGUACAGGCGCCCCCUUCAGUACUGAGAUUGUAAGUGCACAAGCAUCGGCUUGUUUGUGUAGAGUACAUUUCAGUGCCUGAAGAUUUUAAUUUGCAUUAAAUGUCAUUUAAGAUAAAGAUAAGGAGUGACAUCUUGCUGUGUCAAACAUCCAGAUGGGAAUCACGUAACAUUACAUCCAAAGACAGAAAGAGCUAUGCAAGUGUUAUUGAUCGGAAUGAGUCAGACAGAAGAAUACGCACUUCAAAGCAAGAUUCUCAACACUUUGAAGUGCUGAAUUGAAAAGCAAUUACUGAAAUUUUACUGAAACAUUAUGCCUCCUACAGUAAUGCAUUAUAUAUGGGCUUUAAAAAAAAACUGGAAUACUCAUAAUUUAGUAUUGGUCAAAAUCUGCAGUUUGUGUGACGUAUUAACACAGCAUGGCCCUGAACUUAAAAAGAAAAAUGUAUUAUGCUUUUGCCCUUUAAGAAUAUUUAUAAUGAUAAUAAUCAUGUCAACAUCAUUUGUGGAUCUUUUCAUUUAGCACAGGAAAGCACCAUUCACAUUCAACUGAAAAUCUAUAAAUAGGCCAUGCUAAGCCACACACACUCUUCAAAUGUGACUCAACUGUAUUUAUUUUAAACAAAUGACAUGAGUAAUAAUGUGUCAAUAUUAUUCUGCCAUUAUUCCCCAAGGAAAUUACCUGGCAGCUCUUUUCAUUUAUAACAUAUUGUUGAAUAAAUGCCAAAAAGAGUCGUGUAGUGUGUGUAUGCUGUGUGAUGCAGACUGCAGAAAUAUCAUCUGUAUUCUUACUGCACAUUCACUGAUGAGAUACACAAUGACCCCAAACAUAUAUGAACACUUAGGCUACACUUAGACAUGUAGAAAUGUUUUUGUGUUAGAAAACAAAAUAUAAAAAAAAUGUGACAUCUGCAAACAAAUGAAAUCUUGUAAACAAAUGAUGUUUGGUUUGAAUUUUGUUUAUAUAAUGCAUUGGCAAUCAUACAUUUUCAAGUGUUGCUUAAGUUUUUUUUUUUCUUUUUUUGUAAAAACACUGUAAUUUCCUGAUAUUUAGGCCUCAUCAUUGUGAUGCACUUGUUUUGAUUAAUAUGAUUAA